UACACAUACAUGUGUUGUUUUCUUCUUCUCAUUAUAAUGAAAUGAAAAAUAAUAUGGCGAAAUGGAGAAAAAGAAUUUGAAAAUUUUUUGAAAGAAUAUGAAUUAUUAGGUGAUUACAAAUAUUGAACAUUAUAAUUAAAAUCAACGUAAUUUUAGGGAGAUGUAUAAGUGAAUAAAGUGUAAAUGUUUCUCUGAGGUUAUAGCAUACAAUACAUAGUUUUCCAACCUCUAGCUGUACAUAUAUAGAGAAAAUUUUGACAUGAAAAUAGCCUCACAGUUGAACUGCGUCAUCAGCUGAUGCAGCCGUUCCUUCCAAUUUUAAUUGGAGAGAAAGGAAAAAGAAAGAAAGAAAAACAUUAAUUUAACUAAAAUGGCUGAUAAUGCACUCGGUGAACUCAACAGUGAUCAAACGGAAAAAGUUCUUCAAUUUCAGGAUUUGACGGGAAUUGAAGAUCUCUCAAUUUGUCGUGAUGUUCUGCAGAGGCACAAUUGGAACUUGGAGGUUGCAGUUCAGGAGCAACUCAAUUUGUAUGAAGGCAGACCAUCGAUGUAUGCACAAGACUCGAGAGCGAGGCCACCAGCUGUUGUCGACGAUACCAAUUCGAGAAUUUAUUUCAGCCCAUCAGGAAGCUCUGCAAGUGGUGGCGGUGGUUUUUUAUCAUUUAUAUUUUCCAUGUGUUAUAAUUUAGUUACAAGUAUUCUGCACAUUCUAUUUGCUAUAUUCAGGACAAAUGUAAGACCGGUAUCUGCUGAUCCUGUCCAAGAUGUAGUAAGAUUUAUAAGUUCAUUUGAAGAGAGAUACGGUAUGAAUCAUCCAGUAUUCUAUCAGGGAUCGUACAGUCAAGCACUUUCUGAUGCUAAACAAGAGUUGAGAUUCCUACUCGUUUAUCUCCACAAAGAUGAUGUCCAGAGUGUCGAUCAAUGGUGCAGGAUUUCUUUGACUAAUACAGAGCUAAUUCGUUUUAUCAACACUCACACACUAUUCUGGGCUUGUAAUAUAAAAUCUGGCGAAGGUUACAAAGUAGCCGAAGCACUGAAGUCCGGUACUUAUCCAUUCCUCGCUCUAAUUGUUUUGAAAGAGAACAGGAUGACUAUAGUGGGAAGGCUGGAAGGUACCCCCUCAGUAUCUGAAUUGAUGCUUCGACUCAAAACUAUAAUUGAUAAUAAUGAAAUCAAUUUAAUUCAAGCACGUCAUGAAAGAGCUGAGCGCAGUGCAAAUCAAUCAUUGAGACUCCAGCAAGACCAAGCAUAUGAAGAAUCUCUCAGGGCAGAUCAAGAAAAAGAUCGUAGGAGAGAGGAGGAAAAGAAAGCAAAGGAGGAACGAGAAGCACAGGAAAGAGCGGUAAUUAAUGCCCAAGAAAUGGAAAUUCAACGUAUACAACGUGAGAAAGAAUUAACUGUUGAAAAAGUACCUGUUGAGCCUGCACUGGGCCAUCCAAAUUCUUGUCAUCUUCAAAUUAAACUCGGAGGAAGAACCAUUAUUCGAAGGUUUCUUAUGUCAAAUACGGUUGAGGAUGUUUAUUACUGGAUAUUCAGUCAACCAGAUUCCCCAGUCAACUUUGAAAUAACUACCAGCUAUCCAAAGAGAAUCCUCUAUCCAACAGUGGAAAAUAUGAGCCUGUACAAAGCUGGUCUCACACAUAGAGAGGUUCUACAUGUUAAUGAUUUAGAUGAUUAACGAACAUUUGUGAAAAACAAAAGAUUGAUUGUUUUUCUUCUUGAAAAUUUUCAAUGCUAUGCUAUGGCAUAUAGAAAAACUCAGAAUGACUAUGCCCAUUUUAUCGCAAGUUAUAUUUUAUGCUUCGAGUUAAUUUGGUUAUCCACUAGUUUUCAUUUACCAAAGUAAAAACCGCUCUUGUCACUGACAUCUGACCGAGGAAAACUUCACAAGUCAUUUUUUUCUUCUUUCUUUUUUCUUCUUCAUUGUGAACGAUAAAGAUGAGAAUUAAUUAAUGUUUGUUUCGUGGAAUAAUGUGAAUCAAUGCAAUACAAUAGUAUUCAAUACGAAUAUUAUCAUAAUAUUCAAAAAAAUUAUUAUUACAAAAGUGAAUGAAAGCAUAGUCAGCACACUAUUCUUUUUACGGUUUUCCAACGGUUAUUUAUGUUAAAAGGUGAAAGGCAUUUAUCAAUUCUCCGAUCCUAUGUUAAUGGAAUAACAGGAAAGCCGAAGAAUUUGGUUUUGAUUUGUUCUUCGUAUCUAUUAGUAAUUACAUAAAUUAGGCAUUGUUGCACACCUGCGGAAUAAUAUCAGAUACAUAAUGAAAUUAAUUCUUUAAAUUAUUGUAAACAAAAAAAAAUGAAUUUUUCAUUAUUUUCAAAUACAAUAAGAUUUUAUAAUACCUUUGUAUAAGCACACAGAGAGAUAUGAGUAUGCUGAGUGAGUUGGUGUGAUGAAACUAUAAGGGAGAAAAGAUGAAGAUAAUAUUGAAUGAAAUUAGUCAACAUUUUUAUUAAAAUAUUUCGAAUAAAUAAAAUAAUAAUGAAAAACGAAA